AUGGCCACGCAGAAUUCGCAGAAUAAAUCGCCCGCGGCCUUUACACCGGAGAUGCGCGAUCGCCAAGCUCGCGGCAAGGACCCUUACUUAAAGGUCGAGACCAGCGAAGAGAGCGACUCGAGCGACGAUGAUCCCAUCACCCUCGGCCUUGGCGCUCCCAUCAUCGAGUCCUUCGCAGAUCGCGAACGCAAAGGCGAAGCCGUAUCCGUCCUCGACCACCCAGAAACUCUCAUGGCCCACGCCCAAGCCAACGACGAUAGCAUCUCCGGUCAGCGUCAGCGCUUCAUGCGUCAGCUGUGUGGCAUUGAACAGAAGCGCCGCGGCGGUCGCGGCAAAUCUGCUGGUGCCGGGAGGAACAAGAACCGACGGGUAAACGAUCGCGGUGGGCGAUAA